AUGGCCGCCAAGAAUCUUCCUAAAGUUUUCUUUGAUGUCGCUGUCAAUGGUCAACCUUCUGGCCGUAUGACUUUCAAGCUCUUUGCUGACACUGUACCUAAGACUGCCGAGAACUUUCGUGCUCUCUGUACAGGCGAAAAAGGCAUGGGUUUAGCCGGAAAGCCUUUACAUUACAAGAACAGCGCCUUUCAUCGUAUCAUUCCUGGAUUCAUGGCUCAAGGUGGUGAUUUUACUUUAGGAGAUGGUCGUGGUGGUGAGUCCAUCUAUGGUAGAACUUUCCCCGACGAAAAUUUCACUUUGAAGCACAGAGGAAGAGGUGUCUUAUCCAUGGCUAAUGCUGGACGCAAUACCAAUGGAUCUCAAUUUUUCAUCACUUUUGCUGAUACACCUUGGUUAGAUGGUAACCACACUGUUUUUGGUCAACUUGUCGAAGGUGGUAAGAUCCUUGACCUCUUGGAACAACACGGCACUCAAAGCGGUCGAACCACUGCAGAAAUCAAGAUUGUUGACUGUGGUGAAGUUAAAGAAUAA